GCGGCUGCUUCCUCAUUCACACUGGAAGUGACACUGGAGUCACUGGGACGAGACAGGCGGGCAUCACAGUGCACAGAUCAGGAGAACACCCUAUGAGGACCGCUGCUGAAGGGCCCACGCAGUCACGCUCGGACAGACCUCGGAGGACGGCGGGAGCUUGGUCUCUGGCCCUUUAAGGAACAGGAGGGAACACAGCUGGGGCUACAGGCUGGUGCUGAGGUGUCAGAUAUGAUUGUGUUCCGGCAGGGCGAUUUCUUCUGGCUGGAGUCCAGCAUCGGCAUUCCGAUCGGAGCUCGACUCGAGCUGUCGGACACCGGGCAGCGGCAGCUGAUCGACGAUGAGGGGAAGGUGCACAAGCUCUCCAAGAAGAAUGAAGCCUCGCUGCGGCCCAUGCACCCGACGUCCGUGGAAGGCGUGGACGACAUGAUCCGGCUCGGGGACCUGAAUGAGGCCGGCCUGCUCCGGAACCUUCUCAUGCGCCACAGACAGGGCGUCAUCUACACGUACACGGGCUCCAUCCUGCUGGCGGUGAACCCGUACCAGGUGCUGCCCAUCUACACGGCCGAGCACGUGCGGCUCUACCACGGCGCCCAGCUGGGCAAGCUGCCCCCCCACGUCUUCGCCAUCGCUGACAGCUGUUACCGCGACAUGCAGCGGCACAGGCGCGACCAGUGCUGCGUCAUCAGUGGGGAGUCUGGAGCGGGGAAGACGGAGAGCACCAAGCUGAUCCUGCAGUUCCUGGCUGCCGUCAGCGGCCAGCACUCCUGGAUCGAGCAGCAGGUCCUGGAGGCCAACCCCAUCCUGGAGGCCUUCGGCAACGCAAAAACCAUCCGCAACGACAACUCCAGCCGCUUCGGGAAGUACAUCGACAUAAACUUCGACGCGGCCGGGGUCAUCGAAGGUGCUCGGGUGGAGCAGUAUCUGCUAGAGAAGUGCCGCGUGUGCCACCAGGCACCUGAGGAACGAAACUAUCACAUCUUCUACUGCAUGCUACUGGGCAUGUCAACAGAACAGAAGAAGAUUCUGUCUUUAGGAAACGCCGCAGAUUACAAGUCGCUGACCAUGGGAAACUGCACCAGCUGUGACGGCCGGGACGACUCGGCGGAUUACAGCCGCAUACGCUCGGCCAUGAAGAUCCUGAUGUUCAAGGAGAUGGAGUCCUGGGAGAUCUUCAAGCUGCUGGCCGCUCUGCUCCACCUGGGCAAUGUCAGCUUCCAAGGUACUGUCUCAAAUAACAUGGAGGGCUGCGAUAUUCAGGCUUCACAUCAUUUCACCAUGACGUCUAAGCUACUGGAGGUGGACAGCAAGAACCUUGAGACCAGCUUGACAUAUCGGUCCUUCAUGACCAACAGGGAACGCGUCUCCAGGCCUCUUAGCCAGGACCAGGCCACAGACGGCAGAGACGCCUUUGCCAAGGCCAUAUAUGGCAGAAUGUUCAUGUGGAUUGUGGAGAAAAUCAACACUGCCAUCUACAAGCCCCCCCCUGACGCCUCACAUGUCCGUUUCUCCAUCGGGCUGUUGGACAUCUUUGGCUUUGAAAAUUUUGAUGCCAACAGUUUUGAGCAGCUGUGCAUCAACUUUGCCAACGAGCAGCUGCAGCAGUUCUUUGUGAAGCACGUCUUUAAGCUGGAGCAGGCGGAGUACGCCAGCGAGAACAUCUACUGGACGCAUGUGGCCUUCAACGACAACCAGCGCACGCUGGACCUGCUGGUGGGCGCCCCCCUCAAUGUGCUGGCCCUCGUCGACGAGGAGAGCCACUUUCCCAAGGGUACCGACGCCACUAUGUUGACCAAGAUGGUCCAGAUACACGGCAAAAACGGCCUCUUCGUUCCUCCCAAGAGCAGCCACGACAUGCACUUCGGGAUCCAGCAUUUUGCCGGAGAUGUCACCUACAAUGCCAAAGGCUUUCUGGAGAAGAACCGAGACUCCGUGAGCUUGGACCUCAUCAAGCUGAUGCACACGUCAACCAACAAGUUCCUGAGGCAGAUCUUCCACGCGGAGCUCAGCUCCUCCAUGCCGGCUGCCAGGACCAAUAACAAGAUUGUAAUAACACCCAAAAACACACUGCGGGAGACGGGGGACACCAAGAGACAAGUGUCCACGCUGAGCGGCCAGUUCCGGCAGUCGCUGGACUCCCUGAUGAAGACCCUGGCCACGUGCCAGCCGCACUUCAUACGCUGUUUCAAACCAAACAUCUACAAGAAGCCCGAGAUUUUCGACAGAGAUCUCUGCAUACGUCAGCUGAGAUACUCUGGAAUGAUCGAGACUAUCAAGAUCCGGAAAAUGGGCUAUCCCAUUCGGCACACGUUUCAGGAAUUCCUGCAGCGGUACCGAGUGCUACUGCGGAGCUCCAUCUGCGACCCCAGAACCGAACCUGUGCAGACGUGCUGCGACUGCAUCUGCAAGGCCUACAUCAUGAAAAAUGGAGACUGGAAAAUUGGAAAGACGAAGAUCUUCCUGAAGGAUUUCCAUGACAUAACCCUGGAGACGGAGAGAGACAGGGAGAUGAGAAGGAAGGCCGUCCUUAUAGUACGAGCACUGCAGGUCUACAAAUGCAGGAAGCAGUUCAUCGACCAGAGGAGAGCCGCUCUGGUCAUGCAGAAACACUGGAGAGGAAGCCGUGCGAGGAAGCAGAACAGAGCGCUCCAGCUGGGCAUCGCCCGUCUGCAAGCCAAGGUCCGUGCUCGGCAGCUUGAGCAGAGCUACAAGGAGAAGCGGGAAGCCGCCAUCUUGCUACAGAGCCAGGCUCGUGGAUGCAUCAGGCGGAGGCAAUGGAAGCAGAAGAAGGAGGCUGUGCUCAUCCUGCAAGCCCAAACUAGGGGGAUGCUGGCUAGGAAGGCUGUCAAAAAGAUGAAGAAUGAUCAGGCCUGCCUCACAGUUGAGGAACAUCUAGCCGAGGAGUAUCUUGCUGAAGAACAUCUAGUUGAUGAACGUCUAGCCGAGGAACAUCUAACUGAAGAACAGUUAGCUGAGGAACGCCUAGCUGAGGAGCGUCUAGCCCGAGAGCAAACUGCCCAGCAGCUCCAACGACGGUUAGAGAAGGUGCUUGAAGAGCAGCAGGAGGAGAAGUCUAAAACUGUCAAUGACGAGAAGAUGGUGGACAGCAUAUUUGACUUCCUGCCGACUGUAGUGGGCGGGCAGGAGGGGCCAGCUCCACAGGGCUUCGAGGACCUGGAGGGCGAUCAGACCAAGCUAGAAGAAGUGGAGCCCAAUGACCCCCCAAAAGUGGAAGAAACUCCAAAAGUGGAAGAAACUCCAAUAGAGGAAGAAACUCCAAAAGAGGAGUGCGAUGACGUCGAUGAUGAGUACUCUUUCGCCAAGUUUGCAUCUUUGUACUUCCAGGGUUCAGCUACACACACCUACAUCGGGCAGAGGCUGCGCAGCACAUUGCUGUUCCAUGAGGAUGAAAGAGACACUCUGGCUUGCCUGUCUGUGUGGUGGAUUAUCUUGAGGUUCAUGGGCGAUAUCCCUGAGCCCAAGCGAGCCCAGGAGAGUGUCUCCUCUGCGGGAGAUCAAUCAAUCCUUCAGAACCUGGGCCAGAGGCAGGGUCGUCGCCUUAGCAACUUAGUCGGCCUUGAUCAGAAACUACUGAGAGGAAAAAAGAAAAUAGGGACACGAAACCGCAGGCCGUCAACGAUUCCAGAGGAGUCAACAGCGGAAACUGUCAAGGAGGAAGAUGACAUACUGGUUGGGGAAGGACCCUCACUGCAUCGGCCAAUGACAUCCUUAGAAAAGCUUCACAUCAUUGUGGAAUAUGCUAUGGUCAGGCAAGACAUCAGGGAUGAGAUCUACUGCCAGAUUUGUAAACAAUUGGUUGGGAAUAAGGACGAGAAAAGCAGACGGAGGGGCUGGAUUCUUCUGUCCAUCUGUUUGGGAAUCUUCGCCCCAACUGAGCUUUUCGAUAAGUAUCUCCAAAACUUCAUCAGAUCUGGCCCCGCCAACUUUGCCCAGUACUGUUCUGAGAAAUUGCAAAGGACUAUAGCCAAUGGAUCACGCAGUGAACCUCCUUCCUGCAUUGAAUUACAGGCCGCAGAAACCCAGAAGCCAAUGACUGUGUCUGUGAUCUUAAUGGAUGGACAAAACAUCAAGUUAACCAUAGACUCAGCCACCAAUUCUGCAGAAGUCUGUGAACGUAUUGCACAGAAAGUCAAACUCAAGGACACCUUUGGAUUCUCGCUUUAUGUUAGCCUGCAUGAAAAGAGGUGGUCACUGGGAUGCGGCAAACAGCACGUCCUGGACGCCAUCUCGCUAUGCGAGCAGGAUUCCAGGAAGAAAGGCGAACAGGAGCUGAACUCUCCAUGGCGCCUCUACUUCCUGAAGGAGCUCUUCACUCCCUGGCUCGACUGUGGGCAAGACCCUGUCAGCACUGACCUCAUAUAUAAACAGAUCAUCCGAGGGCUGAAGCUGGGAGAGUACCAGUCUGACAAGGAGGAUGAUUUUGUCCAGCUCGCGGCCAAACACUUCUAUGUGAAAUUUGAAAGCGAUUGCAGUGACGAUAAUGCAAAGAGAGUGGUGGAGGAAUGCAUUGGCAGCUUCCUGAUUGAGGCUAAGUCAGAAGCGAAGUGCGUGCAGCUGGUUAAGAUGGCACAUCUUCAGGGUUCUUAUAUAAAAUCAAAGAAGAACGUGGACUUAGUGAAAGCCGAAGUGAUUGAUUAUGCUCGCCAGAAGUGGUCAAAGUUUUUCUCCAAGUUUUUUAAUGUGACAAAGAUCUCAGGUCCUGAUUUGCCUCAAAAUGAGUUUGUUGCUGCUGUUAAUUGUUCUGGGAUCACUUUCAUGAAUGAAAAGGAAACACUCCUGGAAUUCUUUUACCCAGAAGUCACUGGAGUCAGCACAAUAAGGGACAGUCAAGCCACCCUGCAACUUGUUACUCUGAUUACACUGAAGGGAGAGUUCUCCCUGAGCUCUAACUCUCCAGGAGAGUUAGAGCAGCUGUGGAGGCUCGUAGAUAUGUUUCUGGAAGGAAUAAAGGCGCGAUCCCAGUACGCCCUUGCAUUACAGGACUCCAACAGGCAAGAUGAUCCUACAUUUCUCAGCUUUCGGAAGGGAGAUCUUCUUUUUAUUAUCAAGGAUGAAGAGUAUUCACCUAACCAUGGCUGGAUGAAAGGCAAAAAUGAGCGAACUAGCCUAACUGGUGCUGUCUCCAUGGAUUCUGUGUUGGUCUUAGCAGCCCUCAACAAACCGACCAAUGAGCUGCUGAACUUGCUGAACUUGUCCCCGGAGCAAAGGAAAUCCAUUAGCCAGGUCAAUCAGGCAACAGAAGGCAACACGGAAAGAGUGGCACCAAUCUCACUUAAGGAAUUCUCCUUUGAGUACUUUAGGCAGCCAGGCAAGGCCAUGGGUAAAGGGGUGGCCAAGGAGAAGCUGUGGGCUUCUUCACGGGAACCACUCAGACAGCCUCUGCUGCAGAAGCUGGUGGGCAACUCGGAGCUCAGCCAACAAGCCUGCCUUUCCUUCAUUGCGAUCCUGAAAUAUAUGGGCGAUUACCCCAUAAAGCAGGUGCGUAGCACCCUAGAGCUGACUGACCAGAUCUUUGGCCCUGCGAUGCAGUAUGAGAUUCUGCGGGAUGAGAUCUACUGCCAGAUCAUGAAGCAGAUGACCAUCAACAAUAACCGGCAGAGCAUGGAGAACGGCUGGCAGCUCCUGUGGCUGUGCUGCGGUCUCUUCUCACCCAGCCAGACCCUGUUCAGACACACACAGCGCUUUCUGGAGUCUCGGAAACACGAGCCGCUGGCCUCCGAGUGUGUAAAGAGGCUAAAGGGGAUGCUGAGGAUGGAGCCUCGCAAACGGCCCCCUCACCAAGUGGAGGUCGAUGCCAUCCAGCAGAACAGCACCCAGCUCUUCCACAAGGUCCACUUUCCCAAUGAUACAGAGGAGAUCUUUGAGGUGACGACCACCACCCGGAUUCAUGACCUGUGUAAGGACAUCGCUAAUAACCUCUUGCUAGUUUCACCUGAUGGCUUCAGCCUCUUUGUGAAGACCACAGACAAGGUGUUGAGUCUGAAUGAUGCAGACUACUUCUUCGAUAGCAUAAGGCAGGUAGCAGACAACCCAAAGAAGCCCAGAAGAGCCAAAGAUGGAAUGGCAGCGAGUCUGCCGUAUAUCAUCAUCUUCAUGAGGAAGCUGUGGUUUAACGUGAUCCCUGGCAGGGAUUUGAGGGCCGACCUCACCUUCCACUAUCCACAGGAGCUGCCCAAAUACCUGCGUGGAUACCACAAGUGCACCAAGGAGGACAUGUUCAACCUGGCGGGCCUGCUCUUCAGAGUGAAUGUCGACAUGGACAGGUCACAGUUCGUCAUGAUUCCCAAGAUGCUGAAGGAACUUGUGCCUGCAGACCAGAUGAGGACCAUGUCUCCUGAGGAGUGGAAGAAGAACAUUAUUUCUUCAUACAACAAGCAUGCUGGGUUGACUGUGGAUGACGCAAAGGUGGCAUUCCUGAAGGCCAUCUCACGAUGGCAAACAUUUGGUUGUGCUUUCUUCGAAGUUAAGCAAACAUCUGAAGCUGCAUUACCAAGUAUCAUAAUGAUUGCAAUCAGCAAACAAGGAGUGAAUUUCAUUGACCCCAAAACUAAGGACAUACUGGCUACACACCCCUUUAACCGCAUUACGAACUGGUCCAGCGGUAGCACGUAUUUCCAUAUGACCAUUGGGAACAUGGUGAACAGCAGCACAAUCCUUUGUGAGACCUCCCUGGGCUACAAAAUAGACGAUCUUUUGAAGUCCUAUCUGGAUAUGUACCUCAAUGAGAGGACAUCAGUGCGUCCCAGAAAUCAGCUCUUCCCUGCCUGAGUUCUGCCAGAGCACGGAAGCCUCGAACCCAUGACCCUCUAUCAUGGCCUUCGACCUGCGUCAUGUUUACAGAUUCUGAGGCGGAAACUCACACCCAUUCACAAUAUUGAACUCCAUCAUGUCGGCCAAGUGGCGCACAAACCAGUUCAUUCUGUAUCUUCUGACGGAACUGCCCAUAUCUCCGAUGAUCUUGUCAGCGGCUCUUUGUGAAGCUAAACAUUGGAUGUUGUUCACUGCAAGUCAACCAAAUGUGUAUGAAGAAAACACCUAUAUCAUCUAAAGUCAUAAUUAACAUGUUGCACAUUACACACAACGGGAAGUUCGGCACGGAGCCUCAGCCCAGAGCACAGAGUCCGUAUUCACAGCAGUUGUUAUGCACAAUUAAGCAAACUUUUUUUUUUCCAGCCGAAAACACUGUCUAAUCUCCAGGGCAGGUGUUCACAAAAACGUCUUACUGAGCACUGGGUAAUUGUCAUUAUCGCCAUUGUUUAUCUGGCUAUUGACCUGAGGGAAUGAAGCAUGAUGCUUUGUGUGUGCUGUACAUUCCUGUUGUAUGUCGUUUUUAUAAUCCACACAAACUCAUGUCCAGUUAUUGAAGUAUAAAUUCACAAAGGUUCUGCGAGUUAGGUGUCUGUUGGCUUAAUUUUAUCUGUGUGUUUUUAUUUAAUAAAAUAAGUGGAAUAUUUACAGUCCAGAGCACUGUCUUGCUCGACAUAUAGCAGAGAUGGAAGGUGGUUAAUUGGUAAUGGGUAACCUACCAGAGGUGCUUUUUGUGAUAGAUGUAAAUCUGAAAGGUUUUAGUUUGUUCUGAUUGGUUGGAUCGGUAUGUCUUUUUUUCAUUGUAACUCCAGUAACCUUUUUGUGAGUGUUUUAGCUCAGUUUUGAAACUCAUAUUGGUCCUUUUGUUU